UUUUUCCAGACUCGCCGGCCAAUCCUAUCACGCUAUCAGUUGAUGUCUUACCUUCGUCCGAGAAGGGGCAUGAAGUUUUACGCUUUCUUCCCAUAAAUCUCCGAUAACUCUUUAUCUCGUGCGAAUGUUUCCGAUUGUCUCGUUCUAGUGAUCGGUGCAGUUUUUUCCCCCGGGCCAAGUUUUUUAUACUUAUAUUCAAUGACAUGAAAUUUUAGUGCAGUUUAAUUUUUUCCCACCUUCCUGAUGAGAGGGUACUGAGUGUUUGUUACGCCAAUGCUUCUUCCUCUUAACGAUGUAUUGCUGCAUGAUGCCGUCAGUCCCGCUAAACAAGGAGUCCCUCAAACUCGAGGAAAUCAACCAGAACGAUUCGGGGAUCUCGCCGAGCUACUGCAGCGGUGACAGUCGCGGCAGCGCCCAGUCGCCGGCCUCCUCGGCCGAAGAUUGCGGGAUCUCCACCCGGUCACCUCCACCGCUCCUGAGCAUCAAGGACCAAAAACCUCUCUCCUUGGACCUCAGCGCCCCCAAAUCGCCGCAACCCGCCGUUGCCCUGUCGCAGUCCCAGAUCAACCUCAUCCGCAGCCUCACCUUCGCAGCGCGAUCAGCAUCCGCAGCCGCCAACAGAGACCCAUCACGAGACUCACCUCGUAGCACACACAACGAAUCACCUCAAGAGAAUUCGUCCAGAGCCACCCCGGAUAGAACCUUACAUGGCACUUCGUUCGAAGCGGCAUCGAAUGGGACUUCACAUGGCACUUCGUUCGAAGCAUCGCGUGGCACUACGUUCGAGGGAACCUCCUACAGCAGCUCCUUCGGUGGAGGCUCUGCGUUCGGAGCCCUGAGCGGUGGCACUCCGCAAGGCGCCCCCUUCGGCGCUUCGAAUGGAGGCAGCGCUUCACCGGUGGCUUUCCAAGUUGAGAGAGCGCCGUUGGGUUCGCCGCGGUUGAACGCCCACGAUUCGAGUCGGUCAAUGUCGCCGGCCAGCUCUGUGGAUUCGGAGUCGUACCAAGAUCGGGAGCAUCCCUUGCAGCAGUUGGCCCUGGUCGUCAAGCGAAAUGAUAUGCUCAUGCCCGCACCGCCGGAGACAGCCGAGACCAACUCUUCUGAUAAGACGUUGAUACACUGUCCACUUUGCAAUUACACCACAAAUUCAAGAUCUACAUUCAACGCACAUCUUCACGCACACGAAGGCCAAAAAUGUUGCUACAUCUGUGAACUAAUGACUGAGUCAGUAGAAGAGUUGCGGCAACACUACCAAAACGUUCAUGACGUCAACGUUUCAGCGGACUUCCUGAACCAUAGCUCGGGUGGAGAAGAGGAGCAAGGAAUUACAGUACCAAAGCUAAAUUCUCAAGGUAAGGUGAAGAAGCAUCGGUGCAAGCAAUGUGGGAUCGUCUGCGUGACGAAACUGGAAUUCUGGGAGCACUGCCGCGGGCACAUCAAGCAGGAGCGACUCCUGACCUGCCCCAAGUGCCCGUUCGUGACCGAGUACAAGCACCACCUCGAGUACCACCUGCGCAACCACUUCGGCUCGAAGCCCUUCAAGUGCACGCAGUGCUCCUACUCGUGCGUCAACAAGUCCAUGCUCAACUCCCACCUCAAGUCCCACUCGAACGUCUACCAGUUCCGCUGCAACGACUGCAGCUACGCCACCAAGUACUGCCACAGCCUCAAACUCCACCUCCGCAAGUACAAGCACGCGCCGGCCAUGGUCCUCAACCCGGACGGCUCCCCGAACCCCCUCCCCAUCGUCGACGUCUACGGGACCCGUCGCGGACCCAAGCAGAGACCAAAGAAGCACGAGAGUCCAAAGAAGAUCCAAACGACGCAGUACUCAAACCAAACGGCGUUCCCCAAUCAAACGCCCCCCUCGAGUCAGAUGACCUACUCCAGUCCGGCGUUCCCCACCCAACCCAAGUUCCUGUCGACCCAGACACACUUCCCACCGAGUCAGUUCCUUUCCGUUCCGCCGUCAGUUCCGACGAUCCUCACGCCCAACUCCUACUCCCCCACCCGAUCGACCCUGUCACCCGCCCCUCUCUCGCCGGUCCAACCGCGGCUCGCUAGUCAAACCCUGUCCCCUAGUCAGAGACAAUCUCCUAAUCCACCCCUCUCGUCCCCGCAGACGUCACCCACCCAAUUCCCGAACCCUGCGUUCUCGAGUCAACCCUACUCCAUGUUCCCUGCGAACUACGGGCUCUACCCGCCGUUCUACCCGCUCGUGCCGAACUUUCCACUCUCGUCGCUCCCGCUUCUUCAGCUGGACAUUCCGGCGCUUCUGGAGGAGGCCAAGCGGUCUACGGAGACGCUGAAUAAGCUCAAGGAGUUGCUCCAGUCGAACAACAACAACAGUCAGUACAUCUCCAAAGCGGUCGCACAGCAGAUCAUCGACGAGGCGAGUUGUCCCUCGACACCAGCGAGUGACGUCAACUCGGCUCCGUUGGACUUGAGUAAAUCAUCGGGCAAUGAUGGUAAUACGAGUGCGUCUGCAGGCUCAAACCGACGUAAAGGCAAGGCUGUAAAGAGGGUGCCGGUGCACUCCAUGUAUUACGAUGAUAGCGAUGGUGAAAGGUCUCCAGUUAAGUUCAGCGCGCCCGGAAUGCUGCCCGGCGCACAAAAGAUUUACUGAGCCUCUGUAUUCCUCAAGUCAGUGUAAGUGUUUUUCAAUUUUUGAUUGUGUAAGAAGAAAAGCAAACUAUAGGAAAUAUUCGCAUUCAAAAUGAUAGGAGAUAGGAAUUGGUUGAGUAGCUAAAAUUUUAAAAGUCAAUGCAGCUACGUGGACGCCAUGCAGCAAUAAUGAUCAUUACACCAUUAUAACCUUUCGAAAUUUGCUUCCAUAUUUUAUUUUCUAUAAGAAAAACUUAUGACGUAUUAACGGUCCAAGUUUUUUGAAAUCUCUCUUUCCCUAUGAACAUUAUUCUCAAAAAUUGACCAAUGAUGUUGCGUGGUUUUGCUAUGGAAAGUAAAAUAUCGAACAAAGCACCUAGUCUAUUCUAAUUAGCUUUAAAAAAAAAUAAAUAAAAUAAAAAAAAAAUUAUAGUUUUUAGCGGGUACUUAAACUGAGAGCCGAGUGUUGAUCACACGAAAGUAGAGAGCUCGUGACUUAAUUUUCAAGUGAUCAGCACUCCAUUUAGUCCAUUCGUGAAAUUUCAGUCGAAUUUUACGCAUUGUCCGAAUUCAAUCUCUUUGGCUGUCCGUUUUCAGGUCUCUCAAGUUUAAAGUAUAUGAAUGGACGUCCUAAUACCAAAUAAUAUUAUUUUUGAUGAAUUUCAUUAGUAACUUACAUCCAUCAGUGUAACUGCGUUCAAGUAACGUCUGAAUCAUAAGCAACUCAAUAUAUUCUCUCACAGCCUAUUUUCUAUCUCCUUCAUUUUUCAAGAAUCAUAUACCUUGAAACUUGUUUCAGAUUUUUGACGUAAUCGCUCCGUCAGAUUAAAAGAUCAGUCUAGAUCUAUCUUGUUUGAGUUUGAUUCGUUUAUCCCACAUUUGUAACCAGAAUUGCAUCAUUCAUUUCUCUUCCAUUUAUCUCACAAGUUUGCAUACCUAUCAGUAGAACCCAGAAAUUCUCUCACCGAUCAAAAAUAUUUCUGCUUGUCAGUUGUUUUGAACUUGUAGCUGGAGAUAAUUUAAUUUCAAGAGCGUUUUCUGAAAAUCUUAGCUCCUUUUAAAUCCUGGUUAAUUCCUUCGUGUAUUAACUGAAAAUUCUCCUUGAUUAUCAUUCCAAAUAACUAUUUAUCCUAAGUUUGCUUUUCUCUCCUUUUUGGGGGGCUCGAAACAAUUACGGGUUUAUCUAUAAGACUGCCAAAUUGCGCUGAAAAAUUAUUUAAUUCAGUUUAGUAUUGGCUCCAUUAUAACUCUUAAUUUCAAUUACUUAACUAAAUCUUCUUAAAAUGACGUCUAAAAUUCGCACAUUAUUAACGAAAGCUUCAUUGGGGGGAAGUUUCUAAAGAAGCAUGGGAAGAUAGGUUUGACACUCGCAAAAGUAAUUUCAACUUUAACUGACAAUUCAUAAAAAAGAAUAGGUACACAUUCAAAACGAUGAAUUUAUAAAUUGGGAUAUUGUCGGCUUAAUGCAUUAGGAAUUUAACGAUCACGUGCGAAUGGUUAUUGGGUAUAAGUGUGUCAUCCAUAAUACAAUUGUCAAGAGCUUAUAUUUUUAGGACUUAUCGCCUUUUGAGCAGAGUUUUUCACGAAACGCUGCCAGUUUUCGUCAUAAAUUGUUCUCGAGACAAUAUUGUCAGGUUAAGCAAGUCAGAUGCCCAAACCUGUUCCGAGGUCUGGUAUGGUCAACUGAUGAUUCUAUAAUUCACCGGGCGUCAAAGCAAAGUUUUGUAUAGAAACAUGAGGGCUUGAGUUAAUGUUAGCGUUGGCGUCAUGGGAUUUACUGUUAGUUUUUUGCGCCAUUUUGGCGUGAUGACUAGAGAAACUACCAAAA